GAGGGUUAAGCCGGGUUUAACGCGCAGAGGGAGCGCUCCUUUCCUCUCCACCGGUCGUUGUUGGUGUUUAUCCAGUCAACAUGGACCUGUCCGGACACAGAGAGGUCUUCCUGGAGAAGAGAUCCGUUUCUGAAGUCACAAACAUGUCGGACAUCAACCAGGCGAACCCUCACGGCUGCGACAACGGAGCUCUGACGGACCGGUUCGGCGUCCUGAUCCAGGGUCUGCUGGCAGUGGUCGCCUUCAGCACGCUGAUGUUGAAGAGGUUCCGAGAGCCUGUCGGGAUCAGACGACCGUGGAGAAUCUGGUUUUUUGACACGUCCAAACAGGCCAUCGGUGCUCUUUUCAUCCACUUUGCCAACGUCUUCCUGUCCACGCUCACCGAAGAGGACCCAUGCUCCCUGUAUCUGAUGAACUUCCUGCUGGACGCCAUGUUGGGGAUGCUGGUCAUCUGGCUGGCUGUGAAGUUGGUGUCCAAACUGGUGGAGUACAAACAGUGGACGCUGCUCAUGUUUGGAGAAUAUGGUGACCCUCCCCAGGCGGCAGCAUGGCUGGGUCAGUGUGGUAUCUACCUGCUCAUCAUGGUGCUGGAGAAAGGUGUGAUCAGCCUGGUGCUGCUCGUCCCCGGAUGGUCCAAAUUGCAGGAGGUUCUGCUGAGCUACAUCGCUAACCCUCAGGUGGAGCUGGCGCUGGUCAUGCUCAUCGUGCCCUUCAUAGUGAACUCCAUCAUGUUCUGGGUGGUGGACAGCCUGAUGAUGAGGAAGUACAAGACGAUGAAGAGCCUGGACGACUCCUGCGACUGCUCGGCGAAGAAGGCCGACUCGUUGCCAUGGGCGACCAGCGAGGAGUCCCGGGCCCUGCUGACCGUGGAGACGGACACAGACGAGGCUUCAGAGGGGGAAGAAGACCCCGACAACGCUGGACCAGUGCCUCCUGUGCAGUACUCUGGAGGCCCACUGAGACCCAGCUGGGUGGUGGUGUAAACCCAGGUGAUGUUACCUCCCACACGUCCAUCCGCUAUCCACACGCAACACCCUCUUUAAGAGCCUAAAAAAAACGAGCGCAAACACAAACAAACCCUGCAAUCCUUAACUCCUCAAAGGUCUAAAUAUCAGCUUGGCCCGCGAGCGAAGGCACAAUUAAAGCUCGUCACCUGUGAACGUGCCUUUUCCUCUGCACCGACGCUGUGCACGCAUGUAAAUUGAAAUAGCAGUUUUUAAGCUCUUUAUCCGCUCACCUUUGCUGCCUCCGUUUCGCUGCAAGAGAACAUCAGAGGAAACCACAACUGAAACGUGUGUGUGUGGAGGGAGAUUAUUAAGGAGGGCAGCGCCUGCAGGGCAAAAUUGUGCAGGUGGUAAUGAAAAAAGACUGAAAUAAAUCUGUCCUCUCUGCACAUUGGGGAGUUUUUAGAAAUGAUGUCGCUCUAAAGAGAGUCAUUUAUCGUGUAUCGUAUUCCAAAGAGGAGAGAGUGAGUGAAGUACACUAAAUAAGUGCAUAUAUAAUCACGUAAAAGCCACCUUUUUUAAUUAAGGUUUAAUUAUAGUCAUUCCGGCGAUUUCUCCCUCUGGCUGUAUACUUUAAGAAUAAAAGAAGGUUAAUGGUAUUUUAUUAUUAAAACCAUGCAUGUGUUCAUUUUUGGGCUGCUGCAGUAUUGACGGACCAAACCUGUUGAAAGAAGAGGUUGUAAGGAAACAUUCUAGUUCUUUGCAACAGGCUGCUUUAAAAAUAUACAUUCAUCUUUAUUUGGUUUAAAGGACCAGGUGACGCUAUGUUUCUGCAAUGAUUUAUAUAUUCGUUGUAAAUGAUGGAGUACUGGGGACAAUAUUAGGGGGGAAACCACUGAGAUGUUCAGAAUAAUGUCGGAGUAUUUUGAGAAUACAUUUGUAAAUGUUACGACGGAAAAGUUCAAAUUAUAAGAGAAACGUUUCUAAGGGCUAAAAUCAUAAUUUUAUGAAACGGAUGUCAUGAUAUUUUAGGUGAAAAUAAGUCUGAAUGUUUCUAGAAUCAACUAAAAUGACUAAAAUGAAAUAGUUGGUCAUUUUGGGAAUUGUGUUUCUUUGCAUUCUUUCCAAGAGUUAGCUUAGCUUAGCAUAAAGACUGGAAACAGGGGGAAACAGCUAGACUGGCUCUUUCCAAAGGUAAAAAAAACAUACCCACUAGCACCAUUUUUUUUGGACUAAUUAUCACUUUAUAUCUAGUUUGUUUUAUUCGCACAAUAUCUUAAGUCUGAAAAACGACCAAUUUGGGUUUCACAAGGGUUCAUACGAGGGACAAUACUUCUUCUCCGGGAGCAGCGACACAGACAAGCUAGCUCUUUCCCCUUGUUUCCAGUCUUUGUGCUAAGCUAUGCUAACCAUCUCCUGGCUCUAGCUUCAUAUCUAAUAGACCGAUAUCAGAGUGGUAUUGUUUCGUAUUUCGGAAAACAACAAAUUAUUUUACUUUUAAAUUAUGUUUUGUGAUAUUUUUCAAAACAACAACCCUUUUCUUGGAAUGUUACAUAUAUUCAUUCUUUUAUCUUUUUUUUUUCUUGUAAAAUUAAGCCUUUUUUCUCUCAAAAUAUUAUGACGUUACUCUCAAAAAUCUCUCUUUUUAUAUCCCUAAAAAUGGCCCUAAUACUCAUACUCGCAGUGAUAUUCUCUAUGGGAUGAAACAGUAGCUGUAUAUUACACUUUUGCAAGUUACGGCAAAUUCCUUUUAUUUAUUCUCUUUAUAUUUUAUAUGUAUUAUACUUUAUAUAUUGUGGUCCAAUCAGUGGUGUCUGCAUUGGAAUAGUUAGUUUUUUUUAGUGAAUGAAGCAAAGGGGAGACUUUUGAGAGUCAUCUCCAAACUACAGCUAAUAAACAUUUAAAUUGUUAUUAUUUACGGUUUCAAAGCCAAAAGGUCUACAUUUGAUGUAUUUCUUCUGUAAUGUUUUAUUUUGUAUUACAAUGUAUCUUGUGUAUUUUUUUUAAUUAUAAACCAAAUUAUGAUCAUGUGGAUGUCAUCAGCAGGUGAUGCUUCUUACCGAAUGUACCUCUUUAAUCUCUGCUAUGAAUAAAGAUGA